AUGCCGGAAGCGGAACGCAACCUUUUGGCUGGAAUGUACCCAGACGACGUCGAGCUCCAGCUCGAGUGGGUGCCAGGCUCAGCCAUCAGGCAUGGGUGGCGUGCGUUAAUGGGGGCAAUGGAUCAGCGCACCCGGCGCUAUAUCGAGUUCGAAGCAGAGGUCCGAAAAUGGGAGGACUUGCAGUCCGCUCGACCCAAGGUCAAGGCCAGAAGGACGGCUGCAGCUGCUUCCACAGAUACUGGAGGUGGAAUUGGAGCGAUGAACGAAGGCUCGGAGACUGGAGCCAUGAACGAAGGCUCGGAGACAGAGUCUGCAGAGUCAUCCUCGGCAAGUUCGUCGGACGAAUCGAUUCCAAUGGGGGAAUACAUGAUGCAGAGCCGGACCAGAGUUUUGGCGCUCAUCGAAGCGGAGAAAGCCUUGAAAGAUGUGGGCUCCUCUGCGCCGCCCCCACCGUCUCCUAUCAUUAUGGAGCCAUCGCCGGUUGCGACGGACGGGUACAAGUUCGAUCCAGCAUCUCUAGGAGCCCCUCUGGGGGACACUGCAGCUCCAUCAACACCGGUACCUCCUUCGCCUUCCGCAGUUUCAUUGGCCCCUUUGGAGUCAUUCAAGUUCUUGGAUGUCCCACCUGUUGCUUCUUCUGGUCCCUCGGACCACAGUGUGGAGCCUAUGGUGGUGGAAGAGGAGCGGGCCCCAGAAACUCCAGGACCCACGGCACCGGUUGGAGCUCCAAUUUCCGCAACGGAGAGUGUGCCGGAGACCCCUCCUCCAGGGGAAAUUCCAGGUCCCGGUUAUGUCUCGAAAGCCCAGGGGGCACCAGCGGGGGCUACACCGAAGGCCUGGUCUGUGGUUCCAACUUCCUCGCCUUUCACGGUUCCAGAAGCGCCAGUGGCUGUAGAGUCUUUGCCUGCAGUUCCAGAGCCAGCAACCGUGACAGCGGAGGAAGGGCCUACCUCCGAGACCGCUACAUCAUCCGCAGCGGGUGCCCUUCCGCCUCCGGGCGGCUUGGGUCAAACAGCCGAAGAGAGGGAGUUUGUGCUUCCUUCCCCUUGCCAGAAGAAGUGA